AUGUCAGCGAUAAAAGAGGCGAAUAACCCCGAAGAGGUGCUCAGUCAGCCCCCGCAGCCGGAGCCGCGCAAGCCCCGCGACACCACCUACCGCGGCUGGAAGGAAGUCGGCGGCUGGGAGCAGGCUGAUAAGCUCGUUGCGGAAGACGAGUUAGAGGACUUGUCCUCACGCACCACGCUCUUGGAAGAGUACUUGCCGGUUGCAGCGUACGGUGACUGGUACCACCACGUUGGGUACAUCAUCGGUGCGGGUUUGCUUUCCUGGCUUGUGGGAUGGUUCCGGUUCUCGCUCGCGCCGGUGUUCGUGAUCCUGGUGGCCGUUUCACUCGUGUAUCGCGCAUCCAUGCGCAAGUACCGCGCGGUAUUGCGUGAACAGGCGCAGAAAGAGUUCUCGAUCAAAAAGAUCGAGUCAGACUUUGAAACCAUGGACUGGUUGAACACGUUCUUGGACAAGUACUGGGUGUAUCUUGAGCCGUCCGUAUCGCAGAUCGUGUGCGAGCAGAUUAACCCGCUUCUCGCGGCGUCGCCGGCGCCGGCGUUCAUCAAGGCGUUGUGGCUCGACAGCUUCACCGCGGGGACCAAGCCACCGCGCAUCGACCAUGUCAAGACGCUUCCAAAAACGUCCGACGACGUCGUUGUUAUGGACUGGGGCAUGUCUUUCACCCCCUACGCGUUGGCCGACGCCCAUAACAAGAUGUACAAGAACAAGGUUAACCAGAAGGUAGUUGUCAAGCUCCAGAUGUUUGGGGUGACCGUGCCCGUGGCCGUGUCGGACGUGUCGUUCAAGGUGAAUACCCGUGUGCGCGUCAGAAUGAUGACCGCUUUUCCCCAUGUCGAAACCAUCAACGUUUCUUUGCUCGAUGCGCCCCAAUUCGACUUUACCUCCCGGUUAUUUGGUGACUCUAUCUUCAACUGGGAGGUGCUCGCCGUCCCGGGCUUGUUGCCUUUCAUCAACGACAUGGUCAAGAAAUACGCCGGACCGAUGUUGAUCGACCCGAUGUCGUUCCAGUUAAACGUCCAGCAGUUGCUCGCCGGUAACGCGCUCGACUCGUCCAUCGGGGUGUUGGCCAUCACCACACACUCCGCGCGCGGCCUCAAGCGCUCCGACUCGCCGGAUCCGUUCCUCACCUUCGGCUUCGACGGCGUGGUGCUCGGCAAGACAUCUACCAAGAAGGGCACCCUGCCGGCAUGGAACGAAACCACGUACAUCUUGGUGCGCUCCUUGGCCACACCGUUGCACAUUGGCGCCAUCGACUACAACGAGUUCCGCAAGAACAAGCCGCUCGGCGCCAUCAACCACGAUUUGUCCUCAUUGAUUCUGGAGCCCAGCCAAAAGAGCGUGUCCGCGCCGUUCAUGUUCAACAACAAGCCUGUCGGCGAGCUUCUCUUCGACUUGCAGUUCUACCCUGUGUUGGAGGCGGAGACUAGGGCCGACGGUGCGGUUGACCCACCACCAGACUUGAACACCGGUGUCGCGCGCAUCGAGAUCAACGAGGCCAAGAAUGUGCGCUCCGACAGCAAGAAGUUGACCUCCUACGUCGAGAUCCAGAUCAACAAGAAGGUGGUCUACACCACCAAGGUGCUGAAAGCCAACAACACCCCAAGCUGGAACACGGCUCACGAGGAGAUCAUCUUCAACCGCCGCCUGGCCCGCGUCAGCAUUGUCGUGAAGAACAAGUCCGACGAUGUGCUCGGCGCCUACAAUACCUCGUUGAACGACUUGAUCGACAGCAUGCAGGUGGAGAAGAACUGGUUCUCUCUCGGCAGUGGCGGCGGCGAGAUCAGACUUACCGCCGCGUGGAAGCCAGUAGGCUUGAGCGACGUGUCUGGCUCGGGCGGUUACACCGAACCGAUCGGGGUGGUCAGAGUGCAGAUGGACAAGGCUGAGGACUUGAAGAACUUGGAAACCGUCGGUACCAUCGAUCCGUACCUCCGCUUGAUGGUCAACGGGUUCCAACGCGCGCGCACAUCCGUGGUUGAAAGCACUCUCAACCCUGUGUUCAAUGAAGUGCACUACAUCACCAUCACGUCGCCUAACCAGAGAUUGACGAUCGAGGCUAUGGACGUGGAGAGCGUCUCCGACGACCGUACCUUGGGUUCCUUCGACGUCAAGUUGAACGACUUGAUCUCUAAGAACGACAAGGGUGAGUACAACGAGUACGUCGACCUGAAGAAGAGAACGUCCAAGUUGCUCACCAAAAAGGGAGCCAGGGGAUUUGUUACCUACUCCUUGUCCUUCUAUCCUACCGUACCCGUGAUGACCUUGCAAGAUAUCAAGGAAGAGGCCGAUGAGGAAGCCAAGAGGGCUGAAGAGGCAAAGAAGAAGGCGGAAGAAGAGGCAAAGAACCCUCCGAAGGAGGAUGCGGCGGCCGAGACUGAGACCACUGAGGUUGCGGCGGUUUCCAGAAAGAAGAACUUAUCCUUAGCCCAGCUCCUCGAGUACCAGACCGGUGUCUUUGUGUUCAAGAUCUUGGGUGUCGACAGCUCCAAGUCGGAUCUCUACCUCCAAGCUUUCUUCGACAAGGACGGAUAUGCCUCGUUUGAAUCGUCCAAGCUCGAAAACAAAAAGACCAAGAUUGGUCUCACCAGCGACUACCUUGUGAGAGAGUUGGACUGGUCCAUAACCAACUUGCGUCUUUCCAAGAAGGCCAAGUACAACAGGGCCGAAGAGGCAGUGGCGGAAAUCACGUUGCCAACGAUCCAGCUCUUGCAGAAUAGUUACCAAAACCCUCAAACAUUGACUAUGGGCGGCGGGUCAGCUGGGAGUGUGCAGGUCCAGUGUCGCUGGAUCCCAGUGUUGGUUUCCGACUUGCCAAUGGCUGACAGUAUUGCCAAUUCCGGUCAUUUGAAGAUCCAGUUGGUGGAUGCUGAGGGCUUGCCAUCUGCGGACAGAAACGGCUACUCUGAUCCGUACGUGGAGUUGUACUUGAACAAUACCAAGAAUGAGUUUUUCAAGUCCAAGACCAAGAAGAAGACCCUCAGUCCGGUGUGGAACGAAGAGACUCAAAUUUCCGUCGGCAGCAGGGCUGGUGGGGUCAUCAAGGUGCAGUGUAACGAUUGGGACAUGGGACCAGAGUCGGACGAUAAGUUGGGUACCGGGUACAUAAACUUGGAGGAGAUCGAUCCGCUCCAGCCCACCGAGAUGCAGGUCGCAUUGACGGGUGCCGACGGUAAGAGCGCUGGUGUGGUGAACUUCAAGUUUUCCUUCAAGCCAGAGUUUGUUAUCACUGCAAAGGCUCACACCUCUUCGGUGUCGGUCGGUGGUGGUGCUAAGCUCAUUGGUACAGGUAUCGGGGCUGUUGGCGGCGGUGGUGUCAAGGCUGUUGGUUCUGGCCUCGGUGCGGGUGUUAAGGUCGUGGGGAAGGGUGGUCAAUUCCUCAAAAAGGGCUUGGGCUUUGGCAAAAAGAAGGACGAUGAGUAA